AUGAAAUCGCUAUACACAUUUAGCAGUUUUGAUGGUACUACUUGCAUUUGGGGUAGAGAGGAAGGAGAAUAUGAGGUUAUAGCGGCUUUGGAAGGUCAUGAAAAUGAAGUAAAACGUGUUUGCUUUUCACCUGCAGAAGAGUUACUAGCUACAUGUGGUAGAGAUAAAUCCGUUUGGAUCUGGGCAGUUGAAAAGAAUAAUGAGUUUGAGUGCGUCUCUGUUCUACAGGAACAUAAUCAAGAUGUGAAGUGCGUCGUGUGGCAUCCGACUUCUCCGAUUUUAGUCUCGUGUGGAUACGACGACCUUAUUAAACUUUAUGCUGAAGAGGAAUACGACUGGGAAUGCUAUGAAACUCUAGAAGGCCACCAAUCCACAGUGUGGGAAGUUUCAUUUAAUUCCAAAGGAAACAAAAUGGUUUCUUGCAGUGAGGAUGGAAAUCUAAAAGUCUGGACAUCCGUUUCCAACGCUUCGCUUAGGAAGCCUUCUUAUAGCUGUACGGCGACGGUAGCCGGGCUGCACACGAGAGUUGUAUACUCGCUUACAUGGAACUGUAACGAUGAACUUUUAUCGACUGGCGCUGGCGACAAUUUCAUUAGAAUUUUUAAAAAAGCGGCUGUAGAAAAUGAAAACUUUAGACUGAUGGAUCUCAGCGAUGCUCAUAAAAAUGAUGUGAACUGUGUGAGAUGGCAUCCGGUCGUCCCCAAUAUAUUGGCUUCCUGUGGAGACGAUAAAACUAUAAGAAUAUGGAAGUAUCAAUAUUAAA